UAAAAUCCUUCCUCAACCCUUCAUUUCCUUGGCUCCUCCACCCCUCUCUUGCUUUUGCUCAUAAAGAAACAACAAAUAUACAACUACAGCGACUUAUUCACCUUUAGGCUUUCCCUCUCUCUCUUCCAUGAUGGAAAAAAUGAGAAACCCACCCAUUUGUUUCUUCAUACAUAAAAACACUCCUUCCUUAAGAAGCUUCAUGAUCUUUUUCAUGAGCUUUAUUACUAUUAAAUUGAGCCUUUGUUACUCUGAAGUCACUUCUUCAUUAAAAACACUUCCUCUGGAGGGGCAUUUCAUUUUCCACGAAGUUCACCAAGCAGCCAGAGACUUUGGUAACCACUACCAGUUCCUCCCUUCAGCAGUUCUGCAUCCAAAGUCAGCUUCUGAUGUUGCCACUACCGUAAGUCAUAUUUGGCAAAUGGGACACAGUUCGGAGCUCACAGUUGCAGCUAGAGGCCAUGGCCACUCUCUCCAAGGACAGGCACAAGCACACAGAGGAGUCGUGAUCAACAUGGAAUCACUUCAACGCAGUGGAAUGCAGGUUUACACCGGAAAUUUUCCGCAUGUGGAUGCCUCAGGAGGUGAGUUGUGGAUAAAUAUCCUGCAUGAAUGCCUCAAAUAUGGGUUAGCACCAAAGUCCUGGACAGAUUACCUACAUCUAACAGUUGGUGGCACUCUGUCAAAUGCUGGGAUCAGUGGACAGGCAUUUCGGCAUGGCCCCCAGAUCAGUAAUGUCAAAGAGCUGGAGGUUGUUACAGGAAAAGGAGAGGUGGUGAACUGUUCAGAAAAGCAUAACAGAGACCUCUUUCACAGUGUUCUUGGAGGACUUGGCCAGUUUGGCAUCAUAACCCGAGCAAGAAUCUCUCUGGAAUCAGCACCAAAGAUGGUGAAAUGGAUUAGAGUGUUGUACUCAGAUUUCUCCACAUUUACAACCGACCAGGAACAUUUAAUCUCCGCUGCAAACACGUUCGAUUACAUUGAAGGAUUUGUAAUAAUAAAUAGGACUGGUCUCUUAAAUAACUGGAGAUCAUCUUUCAGCCCACAAGACCCAGUUCAAGCCAGCCAGUUCAAGUCAGAUGGGCAAACACUCUACUGUCUAGAAUUGGCAAAAUAUUUCAAUCCAGAUGAGACUAAUCUUAUAAACCAGGAAAUAGAAAGCCUUCUGUCACAAUUAAGCUAUGUUUCAUCCACACUUUUUGUAUCAGAAGUUUCAUACCUAGAAUUCUUAGACAGGGUUCACAUGUCAGAGGUCAAACUAAGGUCAAAAGGCUUGUGGGAUGUUCCACACCCAUGGCUCAAUCUUCUAAUCCCCAAAAGCAAAAUCCACGAUUUUGCAGAAGAAGUUUUUGGCAACAUUCUUAAAGACACAAGCAAUGGGCCCAUACUCAUUUACCCAGUUAACAAAUCAAAGUGGGAUAACAGAACUUCUGUUGUCAUUCCAGAAGAGGAUAUUUUCUACUUGGUGGCAUUCCUCUCCUCUGCAGUUCCCUCUUCCACAGGAACUGACGGCUUACAACACAUCUUAACUCAGAACAAAAGAAUUCUAGAUUUCUGUGAAACAGCCCUUCCUGGGGUGAAGCAAUAUUUGCCACAUUACACAACACAGGAAGAAUGGCUGGCCCACUUUGGCCCACAGUGGGUAAUCUUCGCACAGAGGAAAUCUGCUUAUGACCCUUUGGCAAUACUUGCUCCAGGCCAGAGAAUUUUCCAAAAAAAUGUCUCCUCAUAAUGACAUAGGCCAUAUUUUUAUCUUUACUUUUUUUAAAAAGCUCUUACAUAUUUGGGGAAAGUGUUAAGAGGAAAAUACUGUAAAUGGUUAACUAAUAACUACUAAAUUCAAUA